CUCUACUCUUAUUCCUAGCAUUCACCUUUAUUUUUUUGCAAGACUAGGUAUUGGUAAAACAUGCCAGGCUCUUGACCACUGGAUUAAAUUUUAAACUUGGAUUAAAACCAAGAUCUUGGUUGAAUAAGACCAGUCAUGAUGAUGAAUCCAUCAGCUGACAUCUCCCGCAAAAAUCCUCAGGAUGACUUUGAACUUCUGCAGCGUGUUGGGAGUGGAACAUAUGGGGAUGUAUAUAAGGCAAGACACAAUGUAUCAAAAGAGUUGGCAGCUAUAAAAGUGAUUAAAUUAGAACCAGGUGAUGACUUCUCCAUCAUACAGCAAGAGAUAAUAAUGAUGAAGGAUUGCAAGCAUGACAAUAUUGUUGCCUACUUUGGCAGUUAUUUAAGGAGAGACAAGUUAUGGAUUGCUAUGGAAUACUGUGGUGGUGGUUCAAUGCAAGAUAUUUAUCACAUUACCGGACCACUCGAUGAGAAAUUGAUUGCAUAUGUGUGUCGUGAAACUCUCAAGGGGUUGGCCUACCUUCACAGCAAAGGGAAAAUGCACAGAGACAUUAAGGGUGCAAAUAUUCUUCUCACUGAUGAAGGAAGUGUGAAGCUGGCUGAUUUUGGUGUCUCAGCUCAAAUCACACAAACCAUAGCCAAGCGAAAGUCAUUUAUUGGAACCCCUUACUGGAUGGCGCCAGAAGUUGCUGCUGUGGAAAGGAAAGGAGGUUAUAAUCAACAGUGUGACGUGUGGGCCGUCGGUAUCACAGCGAUUGAAUUUGGCGAGUUACAACCCCCCAUGUUUGACUUACAUCCAAUGAGAGCGCUGUUCCUCAUGUCAAAGUCAAGCUUCCAACCUCCAAAACUAAAAGACAAACAAAAGUGGUCGACUGACUUUCACUCAUUCGUCAAAGCUGCGCUGACCAAGAACCCUCGAAGGCGACCUUCGUCUGAAAAGAUGUUACAGCAUUCAUUCGUUACACAAGAUGGAUUGGUUGCAAAACUUGGAUCCGACAUGCUGAAGCGUUCGCGGGAACCUCAGAUAGGCGAGGGAACUGUCCUCCAGGAUGAAGACGAUGAAGAUGAACUGAUCAGUGUCAUCCCAAAACGAAGGAUCCAGUCUUCUAGACCCAAAGAGGAGAGACAAGGGAAAACAAAAUCCGAAGCAAUAUUGGGAGACAUUCAGUUCCAACCUCCUGUUACAAGAGAAACAGAUCUCGAGGAGAAUGACGAGAGAUGGACUUCAGAGGAAGUUUCUAGCAAGAGUCUACUUCGUUGCGUGGAGGAAGAGCUUCACUCACGGGGACAUGAUGCCAUUCUGGACCAAGAGGAAGGAACUGGCACCAUGAGAGCUGCAGAUCGUGGUACAAUCAAAAACAAUAAUGCUCCAGUGGAUUUAUCUGGCCCCCCUAUUCCACCCAAACCACGACAGUACGGCGUCGAGUAUUUUGGAGCACAACCGAAUGCGCUGGGUCCACCAAGCCGUCCCCCCAAAGACAGUAACUUGGCAAAUGCCCCUUCAAGGCCCCCAAAACCACCCCCAUACCACAUAAACGGAGGGGCUUUUGAAGACGACCCUCCCUUGGUCCCACCACGUCGUCGGAACUCUCCAGCUUUGAUCGGGGCAUUAGUCGACCCUGCAUCUGGUCGUCCUCCAGUACGCCCCAUGUCCCGAGCACUGAACGGUGCAUCCCAAGACUCGGGUCUUCUUGGCCGCCCCACCCCUCUCAUGGCUGUUGCAAAACCCCCGUUGGCCGAACCUGAAGAUGACGACGUAACACCAACCGGAAGUCCGAAUAAAUUCCAUCCUCCGUUAUCUGAAAGUGUUUCUUCUGCAUCGCAGCAGAAAGAAUCUUCUACCACGUCAUCACAAAACGUUGUCAAUGGCCUUCCUCCCACCCCCAAAGUGCAUAUGGGUGCUUGCUUUACCAAAGUAUUUAACGGAUGUCCAUUGAAAAUCAAUUGUGCUUCAAGCUGGGUUCAUCCUGACUCACAUGACCAGUACAUUCUGUUUGGGGCAGAUGAGGGAAUAUACACACUUAAUCUGCAUGAGUUGCAUGAAAAUACCAUGGAACAAUUAUUCCCACGCAAGUGUGUAUGGUUGUACGUGAUCAGCAAUGUUCUAAUGUCAAUAUCUGGCAAUCGGACCCCACAACUAUAUUCUCACAACCUCGUUGGUUUGCAUGAGAACGCACAGCGUACACAGAGAAUUCACCUUCCUGAAAAGAUGGUGCCAAGGAGGUUUGCGGUUUCCACCAAGGUGCCAGAUACGAAAAACUGCCAGCGUUGUUCAGUUGUAAGGAACCAAUACAAUGGACACAAGUAUUUGUGUGCUGCACUCCAGCAAGCAGUCGUUCUACUACAGUGGUACGAACCAAUGAACAAGUUUCUUCUCAUUAAGCAAUUUGACUACCCACUACCCCACCCAUUGAGAGUAUUUGAACUCCUAGUAACCCCUGAUGCAGAAUACCCCCUCGUAUGUUACGGGGUGAGUCUCGCUACUGCCACAACAUCACCAAACAAAGACAGUGGUCCACUGUCGGUUUAUCACCUUAACACCAUAAACCUGAACACCUCCUCAUCGUGGUUUAGCGACCAAGGACAAAGUGGGACACAGCUCGCUGUUGUUAAUGUGACGCAGCUUGAGAAAGACACUUUACUUAUUUGUCUUGAACGUGAUGUAAAGAUAAUCAGUCUUUCUGGUAAAUUGAAGUCAAGUAGAAAGUUGGCUUCGGAACUCCAUUUUGACUUUGUAACAAAGAACAUAGUUUGUCUCCAAGACAGCAUUCUUGCUUUCCAUGAGCAUGGAAUGCAAGGACGGAGUUUCAGAAACAACGAAGUCACACAAGAAAUUUGCGACAGAAGUCGGAUCUUCCGUCUUCUUAGUUGUUACAGAGUGAUCGUAUUAGAAAGCAAACCAACCGACAAUCCUAAAGAACUUUCCAACCUUUACAUCCUGGCCGGUCAUGAAGACAUGAGUUCAGUGUUUUAGACGAUUGCGCAACAUCUGGUCCGCAUUCAUGACUCGACUUUGCACUUCAUUAUCCUCGACCAUGAGAACAUCCAGCUGUGGACGAUUGUGCAUCUACGUGGAAACCAUGCACGUUGUCACUGUAUGUCUCAUCUAAGUUGUUCUCCAAGCAUGUAUGCAGCAGCCACGCAUGCCUCCAUCUUGGAGUGCAAAUAUACGCAAAGUGGUGACCCCUAUGUAUAUAACUUGUUUUAUUUCUGCGCCGGAUUGCAACUUUGUGAGCAAACAUCUGGCUGGUUUUGGGUUUUAUGAUUGACAGAUUUUCUGCCUUUCUUGUUUUACGUUGCCAUUUUACUGCUUCUGAUUGAAAGUGCCUGGUCACUCUUUCUUUCGCCUUUGACGUUAUUAUUUCAAACUGGUGUAUACGCUGCAACUAUGGCGCGCAUAAGUUGCUUUUAAGUAGUUUUUUUUUUCCGGAAAACAUGAAAAUAAUGAACUGCUGAAAUAUUUUGAUUUUUGCAUUCAAUUUCCGGCGGCAUUGACUGUACACAGUGAACAAAGCUAUAUAUAUAUAUAUAACUUUGUGUAAAAUUAUUUAUGGCUAUUUUGCUCGUGGCUUUCAAACCUUACAGCAAACGAGAACUGCAAUCGUGCGCAGUUCAGUUUUCAUAAUUGCCGGCUAUAGCCAAAUAAUAUGUGUCUGUUAUAUUUUCUUUGUAUAUUUCGCAUCUACUAUACAUGGCCCUAUGUUCGAGGUAUCAAUAAAUAAAUAAAUAUUGGUAAUGCGCUUGGA